AUGGAUCUCAAAGACCCCACCAACAACCCUGAGGAAGUCGAUGCGAGACGCCCCAAGAAGCUAAUAUUUGCACCUGGUGACAUAACAUCCUCACCCUCCACGCCCGGCUCAAGAAUGUCACCCCCGCAGACGGCCGACUCCGCUGCGCCUGCGACAGCUCCAACGGCGGCCAUAUCUCGUCUCAUCGCUGAGAAACUCCGGUCCGAUACUUCUACACCCAACUCGGUCAUGGAAAACCAGAUCGUCUCACAUCCGGCUCGCGCGCAUCAGUUCGUCAUCAACCCACCCCUUACCGUCUCCCAAAUGCAUCCGAGCAAUCCCUUGCAUCAAUUCAAUUCAUGGUUCCGUGAUCCGCGGUUACCAGCAUCAUCGGCCCCAGAGACGUGUACCUUGGCGACGGCAGCUUUACCCUCGGGGCGUGUGAGUGCACGCAUCGUGUACCUAAAGGAGCUAGACGAGCGGGGUUGGGUGGUAUACAGCAACUGGGGUAGUCGAGAGGGCAAAGGAGGUCAGGUAUUUGGCAGUGCAGAGAUAGAUGGGGAUAGCGUUCUCGGUGCCAUGCCCGUUCCUGGGGGGGGCGACGACAAUCUUCAGGAGGAAUUGAAGCAGGGCAAUAAGUGGGCAGCUCUGACAUUCUGCUGGUCGAAAUUGGAGCGGCAGGUGCGCAUCGAGGGCCUUGUUGAGCCUCUCAGUCGCGAGGAGAGCGAGUUGUACUGGCAGACUCGUGAGCGGGGCAGUCAGAUUGGCGCUUGGGCUAGCUGGCAGAGUAAAGUGCUGUGGUCAAUGGAGCCAGACUCCUUAAACGAUCUCCGCCGGAAGAGCCUAGCUCAAGACGAGGUAUCGGGUGUUUACCCCUCGAUUCCCCACGAUGUGGACGAGACGGACAUAGAUGAUGGGAGAGCGCUACUAGAGCAACGCGUAAAAGAGAUGGAGGCGCGAUUUGCCAAUGCAGAGCAAAUCCCUCUGCCUCCAUUCUGGGGGGGAGUGCGAUUGGUGCCGGAGUCAGUAGAAUUCUGGCAGGGACGGCGCAGCCGCCUGCACGAUCGAUUCCGAUACGUGAGGGUGCAUACGUCUGGAAAUGAGUCGUAUCAAUGGCGGAUCCAGCGACUGUCACCGUAG